GGUCAACACCGGUCCAAAGAUCACAUGCCCUGCCACCGCUCCAACCCUCUUGUCGAAACGCGCGAAACCCACGCUAUCUCCGUGAAUUCAUUCCGUCUCCUUUCGGGGCUCCGAAUCGCCGGAAAACCCGAAACCCGGUCCCUUUCCCCAAGGGCAUCGGGGAGCUCCCAUGGCGGAGGAGGUGGGGUCUGGAGCUCGGGAGCACGACAAGGCCGAUCGAGAGGCGUUUUCAGAGUCUGCUUCUCCUCCCCCUCCCCUCGGAGCUGAGGGAGGUGAUCCCAAAACCCUCGCCCCUCCGGAUUUCUCUGCCCGACCCGGCGGCGAUGGAGGAGGCGCCGGUGACCACCGCUCUUUCUCGCAGCUCCUCGCAGGGGCCAUGGCAUCGGCGGCCGUGGUCCUCCCCGUGCCCGUGCUCGCCGUCCCCUGCUACAUCGCCCCCGCCACGUGGCUCCCGGGGCAGUUUGCAAUGACGCAUCAAGCAGUCUUGGCAUCUGUCACAGCUCAGGCUCUGAUGCAAUUGCAAAAAGAAUAUCCUUCCUCCUCAUCAGAAUUUUUGAGAAAUUCCGUACCACAACCUCAAGUAUCCAAUGUUACUCAGUUGCCAUCACAAGGCCCACUGCCAGUAGCAGGGAACAAUGCCUGUGCACCAGAGACAGAGCUGCCACCGUCAUCUCCCCAGAAACCUCAGUCUAAUUCUAUUGUUGUAAAGACAAGCUUUGAUGAUGAAAAGGCAAGCUCCGGUGAUGAUUACAACUGGCGGAAAUAUGGUCAGAAGCAGGUGAAGAACAGUGAGAAUAUCAGAAGCUAUUACAAAUGCGCACAUGCUGACUGUUCUGUUAAGAAGAAGGUUGAAUGUUGUCGAGAUGGUCGUGUCACUGAAAUAGUUUACAGAGGUUGUCACAAUCAUGAACCACCUCUCAAAGUUAGAGGCUUUAGAGAGAGAAAGUCAAAGUGUGGUGCCUCUUCUGUGGUAAAUAAAAACUUAGAUCUUCCAGGAACAGAACUUAAGGAAGCAGUUCCUUCUGCAUCUAAACUGCAACAGAGUUCUGGUAAUGAAACCUUUGAACAAGAGUUGCCCUGCUCCCAUGACCGCGAAGGAGAUUCUGGUGUGAAGACUGAAGAAGAUCUUGGUGAUAAACCAGAUCCAAAGAGAAGAAUCAGUAAAAGCACCAUGCUUCUUUCAGCUCCAAUACUUAAAACCAUCAGAGAGCCUAAAAUUGUAUUGCAGACAGCAUGUGAUGUGGGCCUAACAAGUGAUGGCUACAGGUGGCGGAAAUAUGGACAGAAAUUUGUGAAAGGAAAUCCAAAUCCCAGAAGCUACUAUAGGUGCACUCAUAUCGGAUGUCCUGUACGUAAACACGUAGAGAAGUCUUCAGAGGAUGUGAAAUCUAUGGUCAUAACAUAUGAAGGCAAGCACAACCAUGACCUGCCAUCCCUAAAAGAUGGCAGUGAUCCACCUGCGAGCGCUCUUCUUACUGCUGCUGCAACUGCUGUGACCAACUAUGAGCAAACACAGAAAAACGAUCCAUUGUCAUAUGGAACACCCACAACCAAAUGGUUGCCAGAUGUGGAUGGGAAGAUAAUUAAUGAGCGGGCACAAGAGCUUGGAGGUGAGAAAGCAAUAGAAUCUGCCCAGACUCUUUUAAUUAUGGGAUUAAGUUCAACUUCAGAAAAUGUCGGCAGUAAAAAUUCUGAAGGUAUUCAGCAGCCUCGGCUAAAUGGGAACUGUACGCUUCCAGUCCAAAACUCAUGAAUUGACAGGUCCAUAAAGUUUAUAUCAUUCUGUCGUAUUUUCUUUUAUUUUCACUUCUAUUGGAUGCCUAUGUUAUAUAAAUAUGCUAGCUUCUGUACAGUUGCCGAGCAUCUUAUAGUUUUCCCAAUAUCAGAUUACAAAAACAUUUCUUGAUAUGUUUUGAUCCCAAAAGAGUUAUUUUGAUUAUGAAACCCAUGCUCUAUAACCUGUAUAUCUUUAUUAAAUGUCCCAUCAAUACCUGCAUCUGCCAAAUCAAACAUGACUGGAUUGUGUAUACUGUUGGUGUUCCAAAAGGUGUUUCUUCUAAUGUAUAAAAAGACUUGAGAGA